AUGCUCUUACUACCUUUCAAGAUAGUAUCAAUUUCAUUGAUAUUAUGGGUAUUUUUGACUACCAUUGUACCUCAAGCCACCACCAAAUUCAACUGUAUCAAAUUGACAAACAAAUAUUAUCCUUAUGAUUCCAUUAGUGAAAAUUCCUUGAAUAAUUCCAUCAUUUACUAUAUCAUAUCACACCCAGAUGAUGAAGUUAUGUUCUUUUCUCCUUCAAUCAUUGAAUUAAGUAAACCACAAUAUAACAAUCGUUUAAAAUUAGUUUGUUUAUCCAAAGGUAAUUCCAUCGAAGAAAUGGGGCCUAUCCGAGAAAGUGAGUUAAUCAAAUCAGCUGAAAUACUAGGAUUCGAUGUAUCAGAUGUUUCAAUUUUUGAUUUUAAAGAUGGUAUGAAUGAAUCCUGGAGUCAUGUUGAUAUAUAUAAGACAUUGGAUUCUGUUGUUAUCGAUGACAGUAAGGAUAAAGUGAUUAUCACCUUUGAUGAAUUCGGAGUUUCAAAUCAUCCUAAUCAUAUUUCUACCCAUUUCGGAGUUUUAAAAUAUUGUCAACAAAAUAAUAUCAAAUUAUUCAAUCUUAAGUCAUUAAAUUUCUUAGAGAAAUAUUCAUUUACUUUAUUAACCAACAUCGAAUUAUUCAUCAAUAAUUGUUUGAAAUUGGUAUUGAGUUACCUAAAUUUCAACAUCAACAUUUCUUUUAACAAUAGUUCAAAUUCAAUUAAAUAUUAUAGUGAUUUGAAUAUGCUCAGUUUAAGUUAUGCAUCAAUGAUGUUUGGACAUUUCUCACAAAUGGUUUGGUUUAGAUACGGAUGGUUAUUUUUGAGUAGGUAUCUUACUUAUAACAAUCUUAUUGAAGUAGAGAUUUAA